AAAGCUUCAAGGCUUCAUGGGGCUUCAUCUGGACAUCACUAAUAAGAAGCAACACACCCUGACAACAUUUAACAAGAGGGUGCAUCUGUUCAAAUACCAAAUGUUUGCAGCCUUGUCUCUCACCUGUGUUGACGCACCGCCACACCUGUCGUCCCCCGCCGCGCCACACACAGGACUGCUCCAGUGGAUCAACACUCUGCACAUGCGCAGUAAGAGCCCCGGCCGCAACGAAAACUUCCUGCAAAAUAGUGCUCCCUAACAACAGACAAAGCUUGACACUGUGGAUUAGGUUGAAGACGCUUAAAUAAAAGCGUUUCUCACUCCCUCCUUCAAUGGGUCGGGACGAGCUUUCCAGGUGCAGAGAGUAGGCUGUGCGUGCAGACAUGUCCGGGCGCUCUGCUGCAGAGAUGGUCGACUCGCAAGAGCUGCCUGAGCUGCCGGCAAAGAAGGCUAAGCUUGAGAUAGAUGGUGGACUGGAGAAAGAGCUGAGUAACUUAGGUGACGAUGGGAGUCCAGCUGCUGUGUUGGGUUCAUCAGAGCAGGAGAGCUCGUACUCUGCCUUGUCAACGGGCCAGCUUAACCCAGGUGAUCAGGAGCAGUCGGCCGCAGACAGAGGAGCAGCACCUGACUCCAUAAACUCGUAUGCACAUUCUGCCACAGAUUCAACAGCAACGUCUGAAUACACCCAACAAGUUUAUCAAGGAAGCAACCCAGCAGUGACGUCGUACACCAGCCAGGUGGCCUUUCCUCCUCUGGCCCAGUCCACUGUGUACUCCGCCUUCCUCCAGUCAGGCCAGACCUACGGCCUCCCGCCCUUUGGUGCUAUGUGGCCAGGCAUUAAAACAGAGACAGGGCUGCCUGAGGCACCCUCUGGUGGCCAGCCUGGGUUUCUCAGCUUCAGCACCGCAUAUACCUCAACCCAGCCAGGCCAGCUGCACUACUCAUACCCCAGCCAAGGCUCAAGCUUUACAACAUCCAGUGUGUACUCCAGUAUCCCUUCGGCUACAGCCGCCACCACAACCGCCACCACAGCAACGCACCAGGAGUUUAGCAGCUACAACUCUCUGGGACAGAAUCAGUUCUCUCAGUACUACGCGCUGCCUCCCAGCUACGUGCCUGCCGGGCUGCCCAGCAGCGAGGACCACGGCGCCGGCGUGGGAGUGGCCGGAUAUUCGGCUGUGAAGUCGGAGGAGGCUGCCUCAGCUGGACUGCCUCCCAGAGAUGCGUCCCCACCUGAGAAUCUUCCGGCAGGUGCAGCCCUUCCCACCAGUGUGUCUCUCUCCACCGGAGCCAGAGAUCAGGACGAAGUCGGACGUAGGAACUCUGUUGGCAAAGCCAAAGGGAAGGGCAAGAGGUCUGAUAGCUCCCCACCUGCUGACACUGACCUGGAGCGUAUUUUCCUGUGGGAUCUGGAUGAGACCAUUAUUAUAUUCCACUCACUGCUCACUGGCUCCUACGCACAGAAGUUUGGCAAGGACCCAGCGACGGUGCUGAACUUGGGCUUGCAGAUGGAGGAGCUGAUCUUUGAGCUGGCAGACACUCACCUAUUCUUCAAUGAUCUGGAGGAAUGUGAUCAGGUCCAUGUUGAGGAUGUUGCCUCUGACGACAACGGACAGGACCUGAGUAACUACAACUACUUGGCGGACGGCUUUAACGGUUCCGGUGGUGGAGGGGCUUCAGGAACCACCACGGGAGUCCAGGGAGGCGUGGAGUGGAUGCGGAAACUGGCCUUUCGCUACCGCCGGCUAAAAGAGAUCUACAACAACUACAAAGGGAAUGUUGGAGGCCUGUUGAGUCCGAUGAAGAGGGAUCUGCUUCUCCGGCUUCAGUCUGAGAUCGAGAACGUUACAGACGCUUGGCUCAGCACGGCGCUCAAGUCUCUGCUGCUCAUCCAGUCCAGGGGGAAAUGUAUGAAUGUGUUGGUCACAACCACUCAGCUGGUUCCCGCUCUGGCGAAGGUGCUGCUCUACGGCCUGGGAGACGUCUUCCCCAUCGAGAACAUCUACAGCGCCACUAAAAUAGGAAAAGAGAGUUGCUUUGAGAGGAUUGUCUCUCGCUUCGGUAAGAAAGUGACUUAUGUGGUGAUCGGUGACGGCCGAGAUGAGGAGUUUGCAGCAAAACAGCACAACAUGCCUUUCUGGCGGAUCUCAACUCACGGCGACCUCGUGUCCCUGCACCAAGCGCUGGAACUGGACUUCUUGUAAACGAGGCGGCGUUGAAUGCCGCACGCUAAAGGGAAAAAUGUCGUCCUGGCGGUUUGUGGAGUUACAUUGUGUGAGAAAACCCUCCACAAACCCCCGAACAGCACUCGCAUAUUAGAACAUCUGCCCUCACUUGACGACUAAAGACUCACUGUGUGAUGUGUGAUGGUGACGUACUGAGGCGGACUUUGGGUCGGAGCUGACUGUGAGAAACAGACUGGAUGCAUCACGCCCAGCACUCCCUCCUCUACGGCAGCUAACUUCACCACGGCUGAAACUGGCACUGAUUUGGAUGCAGAAGGGAAGACAUACUUUUUUUUUUUUCCUCCUCCAUGAUGUCGUAUCAAAACAAUCCCUCAAAUUUUUUUAUUUCUCUUUCUGGAUCAGAACAACCAAAGGGCCAUUGUUGUUUAUUGGCUUUUGUUGUUGUUAUCCUAGCUUAUUUAGGUUCUGUGUUACUGAAAGAAUUAUAUCAAAGCAAAUUUGUUUGAAAAAAAAUCUGUUUUUGGUUUGUUUUGCACUCUUACACUUACUGACAGUCAUCAUAAUCCCAUUAUCUGUCUCCCAUUCAACUUUUUAUAAAACGAGGAACUAGAUGAUGUGACAGAAAUAUAAUGUGGUCAUGACCUCCUCCUCCUCCUGACCUGACCCGAACCACACCACCAGUCAGCUCUCCUGACCUCUCCACUGUGUUGCAAACACAUACGCCUGGUCCUUUUUUUAUCAUGCAAUGUGUGAUCUGUGGUCAGUAAGCAUGUGCUGAGAAUCAAAGGCUCCGGUUAAACUUCUCGGCUUUUCUGUGAGAUAGUGAGCAGAGCAGAAAGCACCAAUGACUCAGGAGUUUUUGAGUUGUACUAGACUUUGGUGAUAGACAAGUAUUCCUGCCACAUCGUAUUAGUAAAUGAGUGCACAGAUUCUUGAGCAGAACGUUCAAAUAAAAAAACAAAUGUCCCAAAUCUACACCACAUACUAAUUCUAACACAGUAUGCACUACCUACUCAUCAUCAGAGUACAGCUGCAACUAAUGAUUAAUCGAUUAAUCUGUUAUUUUCUUGAUAAAUUGAUUAGUUGUUUGGGCUAUAAGAUGUCUGAAAAAAUCUAUUUCGCUUUCCCAAAGCCAGAGAUAACUUCCUCAAAUGGCUUUUUUUGUCUGCAACUCAGUGAUAUUCAGUUUACUGUCAAAGAGGAGAAAAGAAAUCAGAAAUUAUUCAUAUUUAAAAUGCUGGAAUCAGAAUUUAGAUGUUUUUUUCCUUUUUUUUUUUUUUUAAAUUACUCAAACUGAUUCAUCGGUUAAAUAGUUGGCAGUCAAUAUCAUAGUUGACAGUUAAUUGAUUAAUCUUUGCAGCUCUACAUCAAAGUAUGCUGUUUUAGCAAUUACAAUGCAAAAACAUUUUAUAUACUAAAAAGAAAAUGCAUUGUAUGUGCAAAUGUCACUGCAAGUUCAAACAGUUCAAACUUCAUUCGCAAUGUUGACAUUCAGUGUCUUUGUUCAUUGCUUUGUAGGAGAGUGUUUAUAUGUCUGCAUACUGUCUGGUUUGAGUGUAUUUUUUUUGUCUCUAUAUUUUUGACACUAUAUACUAAAAACCUGCUUAGAAUUAUGUGGUAUCAAUUUGGGACACGCAGUGCGGAUCUCCAAGUUUGCUGCAGGCAGGUUUAAAGGAGCCAUGUUUAGAGUUUAGCAGGAUGUUUUAAUAUUUUCUGAAGGCCACUGUAGGUUCUACUACAAGUUGAGGAGUGGGGUGGCUCAGUUGGUUUCAACCUACAAACUCACCGCUAGACAUCUCUUAAUCCUACACACUGCUUCUUAAAACAAAACAACAACAGAAAUCUAGGGGAUCAAGAUAGUGAAUCAAAAUACACAUUUAUUUACAUUUACUUUUGCCAAUUUUCUGGAAAAUUGUGCUCCAUUUGGAUGAAAACCUGACUACAGACUUCCAGGAUGCAGGAGGGAAAUUAGAUUGGAUGGAAGCCUGUUGUGGCAGGAAGCUUCAGACAAUUGUCUCUCUCUCUCCUGCGUUUUUUAAGCCAACAGCAGCACUGAGAGCUCUGCUUCACCUGCAGGAUGUGAGUCCUUGGUGUGUUACUAUUGUGUCAGAGAGAAGGGGGCUUUGACAUUUCUGUCCCCAGGGGCCCUUUGUCUCAUAAUCUGUCCAUGCUUUGAGCCUCUGACUCAGCGAAUGCAGUGUUUGGAGGAUUAUAAUCACUUAAGGGGUUUAAUUUUUAAGUUUCAAGACAGAUAGCAUCUCAUCACAGGAGGAGAGCAGUGUGCAUGAAGCAGAUGUGCGUGUUAGCCGGUAGAAUCAUGUUUCAUUACUCUUAUAUGUUGUUCGUACAAAAUCAGAAUUGCUUUGUUGAUGCAACUGGAUGUCACAAUGGUCUUUUACCAAAAAAAAGGUUGCAUUUACUUUUGUUUCCAAAGACAUUUACUCAGUUUCUUUUAUUUUAAGCUUUCAACAUUCUCUGAAGUAGAGCUGAUGAUGAUUAUUGUCUUUAUUCAUUCACCUGCAGAUUAUGUAGAGCUGCAACGUGAACAUCAAAUAUAAAUUUGUCAUUUUUCAAGCAAAAAGGCCAAUAGUUAUGUGGUUCAAGCUUCUGAAAUGUGAAGUUUUAUUGUUUUAUUUGGCUUAUAUGAUGGUAAACUGAAUAUCAUUUGGGUUUUUGAAGAUUGAUGAUGAUUUUGGGAUCUGGGUUUCCAAACAAUUGAGAAAAUAUUUGUAAGUUGCAGCCCUAAUUUCAUCCAUAAAAUGUCCGAAAAUUUAAUUAAUUAGCCCAGGGUGACAUAUUUACAUUUCUAAUUACUCCUCAAAGCGAAAGAUAUUAAAUUUACUGUUCGAGAAGAAUAAGGAAAAUGACAAAUAUUCACUUCGUAACAAGUGAAUUUUUGGUACUUUUGCUUUAAGAAAUUUCCCAAUCGUCGGAAUUAGUUGACAAAUAAUCAUUUACUUGUUUCAGCUCUACUUAAAACUGGGAGAUUAUUAGUUUUGUCAGACAACUUCAACCAGAGAAUUACUUAUACAGCCUAGACUUUUUCAACCACAUGACAACCCACAACCUCUCGUGUUGGAGUUGGGGGGGGGGACACAAAGAUGAUGACUGUGCAAUACAUUUCUACUUUGCUCAUUAACUGUAUUUCAAGGGAUUUUUCAUUUUGUUGACGGUGAGAGGAGCGGGAGGGGUCGAUGGACUGGUCCGUAUGAGAUUACGACUGAACAAUACUGAGCCUGAAGAAGAUUUCGUAUGUACACACAUGCAGCUUGACCGUUAAGAAUGUGUAUUUCUGUGUAUUUUUGUUUGUCUUGCGUGACUGUGCAUAUUUAUAUUGUGCCUUUAACCAUCAUCUGUAUGCAUAAUCUCAAAGGGAAAUAUGUAAGAUUUUUGUUUGAUACAUUUAUCAUUGCAUUGUUAUAUUAUCCAAAGUGUUAUCUUACUUUUUUUUUAACUCAAUACUUUUAUUUUUUAAAGUUUUUCUUCUUUUGUUAUUAGACUUGUUUGAUUUGAUUGUCUUGUCUGCACUGUAUUUGAUAGGCCUCCUUCUAGAAAACUUUAUAUCCAUUUUAGGGAGAAAAAGUUGAUGUUCAGUGUUUAUAGGAAACAAUUUGAUUGAAGGGCUUAAAGGGAUAGAUCAGAUUUUUCAAGUGGGGUUAUAUGAGGUACAUAUCUAUAGUCCCCAUUUUGGAGAAGCAUGAAGGAGAACUGACAUUGAAGAUGAGCAAUGUACUUCUGAUGCAGCAAAACGUAUUUUAGCCACAAAAGUCGCAUAAGUUUAAAUGUAUGCUCUACUAAGGUUAUUUUCACUUCUUAAAUUUACAGUCAUACAGCUCUGUUUAAGUUAACUGAAGAGGUUCUAUGCUGUCAUCAAAGCCACCAGACUCCAUUGACAAAAACGGCAAUUUUACCAAAGAGAUCACAGGAGUUGCAGGUCUGCAGCUGCCUCUGCUAGUUAUCAGUUAGUAUUGUGACACUUUGUGUGGUGAAUUUGAGCUAAUAUCUAUAUGUUUAAUAUCUAACAGCAAUGUAAAGUGGAGAAAGUAUUCUAAAUAUAGUGUACACUUAAACUGAUGUUGAUUUUUAAAUCAAAGAUAGAGAUUUAAAUGUUGCUAAAAUAUGUUUAGCCCCUGUCCACAGCAGUACAUUGUUUAGCUUCUGUGUCAGUACUCUGCCUGCUUCUCUCCAGAUGGGGCUGCCAUCUACUGUAGGUAAUACACUGACUAUGGGUUAGUACAAGACGACCCCACUUAAAAAACCUACCCCUUUGAGGUGGCUAACAGUUACUUUACUGUAAAAUAUAUCUCAAUUUAGAGUGAAGAUACAUUUGUGUUUUUCAUACAUUUACAUGUGAAAAUCUUAUUUCAACAAUCGGCGUCUGCUUUGUAUUAGAUUUGAAAAAAAGAGAUUGCAUUUAUUUUGUUGCUGUGAAAUGCUUAGCAUCGCUUAGAGACAAUCACAAUCUAUAAUACAUGGUAUUUUAAUGCAGAUCGGGUUACUAAAGUGAAAAGGCAUGUUUAUUUGUUCAGUGUGAGUUAAAGAUAAAUAAGCUCAUGUUACAGUCCUGACACAAUCAAACAAACAGAGGCUGUAUGCAAUUAUUUGCAUUUUUUUCUGCUUAGUGAAUGUGUUUUCUGUUCAUUUUCUUUAGUUUGUCUGCAUGUCAUGUCUGUUUUGAAGUAUACCAUGGCUGUUCAAUAAUGACCACGCAAUGUUUAAGGGGCUAUAUUCUUCUACAUGUCCUCUUUUUCUUUCCAAUGCCAAAUACUGUUAUUUUUAAAAUGCUGUGUUUAUUUUCUUUUUUUUUAUGUAUUUCAUCUCAUUUUCAAGGACCUGUGAGGCCACAUAGGAUCAUGUAGAGAGGCUGAAUGUGAUCCAGUAAACUGGUCACGAUCAUAAUAAUCGAUGCUAAUUUAAUUACAAUAAUCACUAUUUUCCCCACAGUAGGUGUUUGGGACUUCGACACAGUCCUGUAAGGUUUUCCUGUGUACCUAAGACACUCAAUACAGUGUAAAUAAACUUUUAAAAAGU